GUGUCAUGCAUUCCACACGCGUCAUGCCUCGACCCUCGCCCCUUCUCUUCUUCAUCCACACCGCCAUCGAUCGAUCGAUCGAUCCUGUGUAUUAAUUAACUCGAAGGUAGCAGGAGCUUCGACUAUUCAUGUCCUCGUAAGAAGAAGCAAAGCAAUCGAUAAUGAGCAGUGGAAAGAUGGAGACGCGUUCGGUGUUGGACGAGAUCAGGGGCUUGAACGAUAGGUGGCUCUUCGACCUUGGCCACCCCUUCCUCAACCGCAUAGCUGAGAGCUUCGUCAAGGCCGCAGGGAUUGGUGCGAUGCAGGCGUUCACUCGCGAAGCCUACACAGCCGGAGUGGAAGGUGCUGGCUCCCAUCCAGGUUUUUCUGACAUUGCCGAUAAGAACAGGAUCUCAGGUCUUAAAGGGGAGAACUGCAAGAAGUCACUCGAAGCAAUGGUAAAAACUACCGGAAGAGAGUCACUUCAAUGGGGGAUGGCUGCUGGUGUGUAUUCUGGUUUAACCUACGGUUUUCGAGAAGCCAGAGGAACUCAUGAUUGGAAGAACAGCGCGGUGGCCGGUGCAAUCGCCGGAGCUGCAGUAGCGCUGACGUCUGAUCAGGCAUCUCGCGAGCGAAUCGUGCAAUGCGCCAUCACCGGAGCUGCGCUCUCCACCGCAGCCAAACUCCUCGCAGGCGUGCUGUAAACUGAACAAACUCCUCUUAUGGAUUAAUUAAGAAUAAUGUGGAUGUGAGCUGUCGUACGUCUUGGUGUUCUGCUUUUCCUUCCGUUAAUUUAAUUAGCUAGCUCCUCUAAUUACCAUGCAUGUUAAUCAUGAACAUCCAGUUGGAAGGCUCUUCCAAUUGUUGGUUUUUUAAUUUGUUGUUGCACUACAGAAUA